GCCUCCUCUUUUCUCUGGCCGGCGGACCGGAUUGCUUCUUUUUGUGCUCUCUAGAGGGGAGAGGAGGAAUCGAAGAGGGAUGGCCGCGGAAGUGGAGACGGCGGUGGAGGCGGCAGCGAGCGGUGGGGAGGGCGAGGGAGGGCAGAAGGCGCCGCAUCGGCUGGAGCGGAAGUGGACCUUCUGGUUCGACAACCAGUCCAAACCCAAGCAGGGCGCCGCCUGGGGCACCACCCUCCGCAAGGUCUACACCUUCGACACCGUCGAGGAGUUCUGGUGCUUGUAUGAUCAGAUAUUUCGUCCCAGCAAGUUGCCAGGAAAUGCUGAUUUUCACUGUUUCAAAACCGGGAUAGAACCCAAGUGGGAAGAUCCUGAAUGUGCAAAUGGGGGCAAGUGGUCUGUAACAUGUAGUAGAAAGGGCACUCUUGACAACAUGUGGUUAGAAACGUUGAUGGCUUUAAUUGGAGAGCAGUUUGAUGAGAGUGAGGAAAUCUGUGGUGUUGUUGCUAGUGUGCGCCAGAGGCAGGACAAGCUUGCAUUAUGGACCAAAACAGCGACCAAUGAAGCUGUUCAGAUGAGCAUUGGGAAGAAAUGGAAGGAAAUCAUUGACUACAAUGAUAAAAUUGUAUACAGCUUCCACGAUGACUCGAGAAGAGAAAAAUCAAGCAGAGGUGGUCGGUACAGUGUGUGAUUACUGCAGAUGACCUAUCAACAACUGAAAUCUUGGGUGGUUCUCUGCCAGUAUUUUGUGAGUUACGCAAGUACUUGCACUCCUUCGAGAGAGGUGUUUGAACCCUACUGAAAACCUCGUCUGUAUCCGGAUAUUAUAUGUUCUGUGAAUACCAAAGAAAAGUCAGCUGCAACUUUAUGAUAUUUCCAGUUUUUAUUUGUCUGUA